AUGGUUGGUGGUGCAAAGAUUGGAGCUUUUGAAAUGUUGGGGACAAAAUCGAUACUUGUGUAUAUAAUGAUGGUGCAAAGAUUGGAGCUUUUGAAAUGUUGGGGACAAAAUCGACACUUAUACAUUACAAUGGUGAUGAGCUUUCGAAAUCUUAGGGACAAAGUCGACACUUGUAUAUACAAUGGUGAUGCAAAGAUUGGAGCUUUCGAAAUGUUUCGGGACAAAGUCGACACUUAUAAGUACAAUGGUGGUGCAAAGAUUGGAGCUUUCGAAAUGUUCGGGACAAAAUCGACACUUAUACAUACAACGGUGAUGCAAAGAUUGGAGCUUUCGAAAUAUUGGAGCUUUCGAAAUGUUCGGGACAAAAUCGACAACUAUACAUACAAUGGUGAUGCAAAGAUUGGAGCUUUCGAAAUGUUCGGGACAAAAUCGACACUUAUACAUACACAUUAUACCUACCUCUUGCUGAAAUUGUUUCCUCCCUUGAGCAGCAUCGGGCCUGAGGACCUUGAUGGCGACCCGGGUGUGAUCGAGCUUGCCCUUGUAAACGGGGCCGUAGCCGCCUUCCCCGAUUUUCAUGGACCUCGAGAAUUUGUUGGUGGCCCACUCAAUCUCCUCGAUGGUGUAUUUUCUGUAACGAAUAUCGUUGUGCGAAAGGAAGUCGAGGGCCCGGUUUUUCUCGAUGGUCUCCUGCCUGGCUUUCAUCUCCACAUGCUUCCUUCUCUGUGUUUCCCUCUCGGCAAGCCUCUGUGCUUUCUCGGCUGCUUCGAGGGCGGCCCGGCAUUUGGCCCUCUCGACCUCUAUGAGCGCCAGCGCUGCCUCCUCCGCCAGCCUGGCUUCUUGCUUUUGUCAAAAUUAAGGUGUAACAACAAAAGUUGCACGAUACUUACGGAAAAAGACGCGCUCGACUCAUGGUCGAGUGUCGAGUCGUUAUCGGUGGAGAUGAAACUGGACGAGUACGGAGAGCCUCGGCUGGAAGCCUCGACGAAGUUUUCGACCACCAAUUUGGGGUCUCAUUGCCGUCACAACCGGGCGAUAAUUUCGACACCCGACUGUAAGUGUCGUGAUAUUGAUGAUCCAAUGCUCCUCCGUUCAUUCGUCUCGGAACUAGCCGUUUUUGGAUGCUCUCUCGCAAGAAAAGCCCUGGGUGGAUUUUGUAAUUUAAGCCCUCGUUUUUUGCCUCACGAAAACGAGCACCUGAAACUGCAAGACUCCUCUGACUCGCCAUGCGCGGAACGUACGGAUGAUCCGGAGGACAGAUGUGGGGCCGGCAGCCUUGGUGGGGUCGAGUGGUUUGCUGCUCGGGUGGCAGCUGGCCGAACGGACUGUGUUUUACCUUUUGACACGACGUACACAUUGCAAAAAUCUGGGGCGGUUUUGUUUAUGAUAGUCGGCACAUCGUGUGUCCAAAAUUUCCUGAUCGGGUUUGUGCAAAAAUGCACAUUAGAAGAAGUUGGAUCAAUUUUCAGACAAUAG